AUGCAGGAUCCGGCGAUGCCGCGGACUCGAAGUAGCUCCAGUACUGCCACCGACGAUGCCGAAAGCAUGAACGAUGCCCAGAGUGUGCACGUAAUGCCCACUGAAGAAGCCAUUCGAGACGCACCGGAAGAAGAGGUAGCGUUGCCAAUGGCUUCGGCGACGGAGUCGUUCAAGACUUGUCCUAUCGUUGCGACACGUAACUCAGGCUUUCCAGGCCAUCCCAGGGACACGAACAACGACAGAAUAUCCUCAAGCAGCACACUUGCCAGCGGCAUGAGUCCCGAAACCGCCUCGUACAGACUGGCGCCGAUGGGCGACAGGCGUUCGACGAAUGGAUCCAAAGGCUCUGUCCGCUCCUCGCUGCCGCCUCCGAAGCUGGAGAAGAAACACUGGCAAAUCCCGCCAUCCAAGCAUGCACUCAGUGCGAUGCGAGACUUCUCGCCCUAUUCCUCCUUGGCCAGCCCAAUGUCCAGUUCCACCGGUGGCGCCACGAGUCCUAGGCCACGUUCGUCCAGCGGCACUCCAACGUCGGAGAGAUCUCCAUGGAAGACGCUACCGCGCUCCGUCGCAGCGAGCGUCGCACUGGUGCUGACCGUGGUUGUUGCGGCCGCUGUGGUGCUCAUCUUGCUCCUGGCGUCCGGCCGAAGCCGCAAAGCUGCGACCGACGGCUGCGGAAGCGAGGAGUGCCACCAGUACGCGAAGCGGCUCCGCGACUCGCUCAACGAGUCCGUGGACCCGUGCGCCGACUUCACGCGCUACGUGUGCGACGGAUGGCGCCGAACGCACGAGUUCUCGGUGGCCGAGGAAGCCUUCUUGUCGACCUUCGACAAGAUGUCGAGGUUCGUGCAGGCCCUCGACGUUCCGCCGCGCGGCCAGAGCGCACUCCAACGGGCGGCAGCGUUCUACCGCAGCUGCGUAAACGUGCUUCACGGUGAGCGGAACGAGAUGCCGCGGGUCGCGCGUGCCUUGACCGCCGCAGGCAUCACUUGGCCCUAUAAACCCAAAGCUACGCCGGACCUUCUGCACACGCUGCUUUACGUCCAUCUACAGCUUCACUGGAGCGUACUCUUCAGCGUCAACGUCACCGGCAGCACGAGCGGACGUUCCAUCACGCUGAGCCUGAUACCUUCCGUAGACAUGACACUUUUUAAAAAACGCCUGGAACUGAUCAGAGAACCCCACAAAGCCAGACAAUAUUUCGGCACCCUUGUUUCGGCAUUCGGCUCGCCCGCGAGACCGGGCAACAAACGCUUUACCUUCACAGAGACUCGCACAACCGAAACAAUAGCGUGCCGCGCUCUUUACGUUGGUCUCUUAAACGGCAGCGCGACACCGCAGGCACUGAAUACGAGCUUCAUGAUCGAAAUGGUUCCGAAUCUCACACAAGCCCGUUGGGAUGCCACAUUCAGUUCUCUUGGCAUAACUAGGAAGGUCUUGCUCGUGACGACCAAUCCCACGUACGUGAUGCAAUUAUUUGGAUUGUGGAGGUACCUGGGAGAAUCGCGGCUCCACCAGUUCGUGUCCUGGUGCACCAUCCAGAUUGCGGCGCUCUACACCAACCGGCUACUAGUCGAAAAUUUUUACGGGAGCCAGAAGACCGCGCUCCUGCGACACGGCGCGUUCUGCUUCAGCAAAGCCUACCUGCUGUCGGGAACCACCAUGUUCAGCUCAUCUGUAAAGCACGUGCUCGUCGGUGACACUCGGGUCCAGGCCGAGCAGCUGCUGUGGGGCGUUCGGCACGCUUUCUCGCGCAGUCUGCAGAGCUGGCCGUACAGCGACAACGCCGGCAUCGCGAAGGUGCUGCAGGCCCUCAGUGAAAGAAAUUUCACCGCGAGCGCGCUCGCUGUUUUCGACGAAAACAGCGCCGCCGAAGAGGCCGAAUCCCUGGACAGCAGAGACAUGACGUCGUCGCUCGUCGACAACUGGAUUGCGGCGGCCGUUCCGUACAGAAACGACAUAUCGCGCAUCGCCUCGACGGCCAUCGAGCAGUUGUCUUUCACCGCUCUAACGGCCGACGGGAGAGUCGUGCUGAUGCCGUACGCUUUCGCGUUUCCCUUCUUCGACGUGCGUGGCACCCCGGCGAUGAACUACGCGGGCGUCGGUUUCCACUUCGCCAACGCGCUCAGCCAGUUGACCUUCAUACCGUACAUAGGCGACCUAGAGAGCCCCCUCUAUCAGUUCUACAACUGCACCGGCGCCUCGUUCCAAACCGUCAGCGCCAAUCCUGAGCGGCUUUUGGGCGCCUUCUCUGCGUUCGCCACCCAGCCGCUAUUUGACGCGUUCGACAACGCGACGGCAAAUCUUGGGACCAGCGCCAGUCUGCCGGGACUGCCCACCCUGUCUGACUCUCAGCUCUUUUUCGUGGCUCUCUGUUACGCCAAGUGUCAUGGCAGCUGGACUGGAGGGCUCUCGGAGCCCGAGUGCGGAGACUUCCUGCCGUACGUGGAGGCGUUCUCGAAAGUCUUCGCCUGUCCGGUCGGCUCACCCAUGAAGCCGGUCAAGAACUGCGAACUCUUUUGA